AUGGCACCGCGUGGAUUCACGAAUCCCGCCCCUAGGACCGAAUCGGCGCGGUCUGCGCUCAGCUCCUUCACCUGCGGGCUUUGUAAUAAAUCUUACUCACGCCACCCAGAAUACGAAGCGCACAUCGGCUCAUAUGAUCACCAGCACAGAAAGCGUUUGCAGGACCUCAAACAGCUUACACGUGAUCCAAAUGCCGUCGAGAAGAACCGCCGGGCAGAACGUAAAGCCGAUGCGCAGGCCGGUCUGAAAGUCAUCGAGACUCCUGUGGACAAUGUGGCACCAAGUGGAGGAAGCACGGGUUUCAAGAAGGGAGGCUUCAAAAGCUCAUUCGCCGCUGUCAAGGGAACAGUGGCCCCCACAGCCCCGGUCAAGAAGAACGUUCUAGGAGACGACGAGGAAGAUGAUAUCCCGAAACCUCAAGACAAUGGUCCAUCAGAUAUGCACAUACCCCGAAAGAGUGAAUAUGGCGAUAUGGAAAGUGACACCGACGAGGAAUAUGGCCAAGAAGGAUAUUAUGAUCCUCGCCGGCCAACGGACUGUUUCGCUGGGUGUGUUGCCCAAAAGGUCUAA